GUUAGAGAGACUGAAACCAUUUCUCUACCAAAACGUCUUUACCUUUUCAACUCUUCUUCUUCAUCUUCAUCUUCUUUCUCUCUUCAUUCGAAGUCUCGGCUACAAAUUAAAAAAAAAACAAAUACAGAAUAAAAAAUAUCAAAACACAAAGAGACAAAAAUGAGUGACGGGAGAGUCAACAACUCAGAUCAACAAGAACAAGAACAAAACCUGGUCAAAGCACCGGCCAAGCGAUCCCUCGGCCUCCUCAUCACCACUUACGGCUGCCUCUUCGUCGGCUCCGUGGCCUCGAGCCUCCUCGCGAAAUACUACUUCGUCCACGGUGGCUCGAGCCGGUGGGUGUCCACGUGGGUCCAAUCCGCCGGGUUCCCACUCCUCCUCGUCCUUAUCUACUUCCCUCACUUCGUCUUCAAAACAACUAAGCGCCGUCCCUUCACGCGCUUCACACAACGCCAUCUCUUCUUCUCCGUCGUAAUCGGACUCUUCCUCGGUUUCAACAACUUCCUCUUCUCGUGGGGUACCUCGUACCUCCCUGUGUCCACGUCAUCACUUCUUCUCUCGACACAACUCAUCUUCACUCUCAUCUUGUCCGUGAUCAUAGUGAAACAGAAAGUCACUUUCUCAAAUCUCAACUGCGUUGUUCUCUUAACGCUGAGCUCUGUUUUACUAGCUCUCGGUUCGAGCCAAGAUAAACCGGCCGGUUUAACUAAAACCAAGUAUUUCAUCGGGUUUUUAUCCACGAUCGGAGCCGGUUUACUCUUCGCGCUUUACCUCCCCGUGACAGAGAGGGUCUACAGGUCCGUUUAUUGUUACGCGAUGGUCAUGGAGAUGCAACUGGUUAUGGAGUUUUCAGCCACGGUUUUCGCUACAGUCGGUAUGGCUUUCGACGGUGGGUUUAAAGAAAUGGUUAAGGAAGCGAACCAAGUUUUCACUAAAGGACCGACGGUUUACUGGACUGUUGCGAUUUUAGCUAAUGUGGUGACGUGGCAGCUCUGUUUCGCGGCCACGUCAGGGAUGGUUUAUUUGACGUCUGGUAUCACCGGAGGUAUUUGCAUGACGGCCUUACUAGCUAUGAAUGUGAUUGGAGGUGUUGUUGUUUACGGCGAUGAGUUCGGCGGCGUGAAGAUUGUAUCAACGGUGCUAUGCAUUUGGGGAUUCUCGUCUUAUGUAUAUGGGCUUUACGUGAAGAUGAAAAAGGAGGAGAAGAAGGAAAAGGAGGAGAAGGGAUACACCGGUGUAAAGACGGCGGAAGACGGCGGAGAGAUGCAGGUGGAGAUGGGUAAGGUUAAAAAUGACGACGUGGCGGCGGCUGAUGAAAGGGUUUGAUGAUGAUAUAUGUUUGGGUAGUAUCUUUUAUGUGUUCUUUCUUUUUCUCAACUUUUAUUUUUAUUUUUAGGUAAUGCAUUUGCUUUUUUGAUUUUCUUUUUUAAGGUUUCUUUGUUUUUCCUCUUUUGGUUGUUUUUAUGAAUUAUAUCUAUCAAUGCACAAAACUAGUUAUGCACCUUCAA